AUGGCCGCCAGUGCCGCCGUUGCACUAGCACUCGGUCCAUCGCCCGGACUAGAGCCUGCCGAGAACUGGGACGACGAUUUCGAAUUCGGUGGCGGGGGCCGAGGCGAAAGCGUUGGGACAGGAGGCGGAGGGGGUAGCGGGCGAAGACGAAAUAGCAAGAGCGCAGGGGUGGGUCGGGGAAGUGGAGGGUACGCUUCGAGCGGGAUGGGCCCGGGCACAGAGUCGGUUGGCCAUACGGCGGGUGUCUCUGGCCCAAGUGAUAUUUCUGCGAGUGAAGAGGAUCAUCUGAGCUCAUCGACACCGUCUGCCCACUGCCAGGGCCACACCCACCCAGAGCCACUGCACAUUCGCGCCGCAGCCUUCUCGCCCUCCUCUCCGGUCUCUGGCUCAUCCGCGUACGUCACGCCGACCAACUUGUCCCCUCUCGGUAGCGCCACGAGCGGCGCGAGUAUCGAUCCACAACCGUCGGUGCCGGCAACGAAGAAACCUACGUUCGCACCUGGACCGUCGAAUGGGAGGCCUCUGCAACAGAGCGCUUCUUUAGGCCGGACGGGCGCUGCUGGAGUCCUUUCUUCCUCGGAAGCUGUGGGGGAAGGUGAUUCGGAUGCUCACGAGGCAGGAGGUGCAGGAGAGGGGGCACUGAUGAAGGAGAAAGAGAAAUACGCCCGUCGGAACUCGCUGGGCGACCUCCAGAUCCCAACCCGCAUCAGCCAGGCACAAGUGGGUCUGAGGCGAGAUUUGGACAUGGUCAAGGAGUUUGCGGGGUAUGUUGGAGAGAUCAAGGAGUUCCAACAGACGUACCAUGCCCUCGCGUCUGAGAUACAGGCGAUGCUCGAUGCCCAAGCGCACGACCUCCAGCACCAGCACCAGCACCAAUCUCCUUUGGUUUCAAACCCUCCACCUCCCCCUGCAAAAGACUCCAUACAUACAACUUCUGGCUUCUUCUCCGCCUUUCGUGACAUCCGCAAACCCAAAAAUCGUGGCAGGUCGAAUACAAAUGGCCGCCUGAGCCUCCCUCCUCAACACGAACAACCAAAGGAGAAGGAGAUGGAGGAGCAGCCAUCGAAAUCGAAAGAGCACCUACUCGCAUAUAAGGAGCUGGCCUCCGCAUUCUGGAGCAUAACCUCCAAGUAUCGAAUAACGUGGGAGUGUGCGGAGUUACUCGUCGAGCUGGGUGGAGGUGGCCCGGACGAGAGCCGUAGCAGCCUGAAUACGAGUGCAUCUGCACCAGUGGCGGUUGCUACUUCUGUAGAUUCCAUGGGUAGAGAACGGGCGAGCACCGACACCCUCAGUGCCGGCGAUCAGUCGAAGCCUCUCCCAGCCCUUCCGCACCCCUCUUCCUCCUCUUCCUCUUCCCCUCCUACUCCCGCUCACAGUCGCCAGCACUUGCCCACCCAACCACCACACGCACCACCACCAUCCGCCCUCGUGAGCGCACCCACUAAUUCCACGGGCUGGCAUGACCACGACCUCUCCCAGCGGCAGCGGCAGGUCGUGCUUCUGCGCGAGAUGCUCAGCAACAGUAGCACGAGCACAAGCGUGGCCGCCGAAGAGACCCAGACAGUCACAACGACGGCGAUGGAGGUGGAUAGGGAGUGGAGAUGGGGUGGUGAUGGCCUGGGGAAUAGCACGGUUACACUCCCGUUACCGGAGGAGGAAGAGGAGCGCACGGCGAGGGGAAGGGAGAAGGGAACUGGGAGCUCGAGGUUGGAGUUAGGCAUGAGGGGGAUCAGAGACAUGCUGCGGGCAUUGAAGUUCAAGAGCUCGAGGGCCCAUGCGGAGGACGCAGCGCCGUCGUCGUACUACACUGCACCACAACCGAAACUGCAACCAUCCCCCCGCCGACCGUCACUUGCGUCCAUAUUUCGUCUGGGUACGAAGACGAAGAAUCGAGCGUCCGCGAGUACGGUGACGCUUGUUGAGGACCUGCCUGUGCCUAUAUCGUCUGUGCCCUCGAGUGCCAGCCCGUCCUCGUCGAUGCCACCUUGUUGCGACCACCCGACGGGCGCAGAGGACAGCAGUAGUAAUAGCACGGGCGAGGAGGAGGACUGGGACCACAUGGACUCGGCAUUUGACUUCGACUCUUCAGAUGCCUUUGCGACGGUGAGAGGACGCCGGCGGACGGGCACGACCACUGGUUGGGAGGGGGGACAUCGUAGUCCGGAUCAGCAGCCCAACGCCUUCAACCACAUCAACACCUCCACACCGGCGCGCACGCACACCAACGCAAAUGCUGCCACCAAAACAGGCACCGUGCGCUCAAUGCCUCCUUACCCGACUCCCUCGGACUCUACGUCGUUACAACCUGACCCGAUCCAAAAACUUGCGAUGACGCCCGAGAACAUCAGGCCGCUGCUCGAGAAUGCGCGGGAGGUGCGGGCAAAGAUCGUAGAGUGUUUGGCGGAGUUGCGGGGGUUGGUUCCUCCGGAUGGGCAUGAUGGGAGUUGA